GCGGGCAGGGUGGCCGCUCCCAGCAGGCCUCGCGGCCGCCGGUGAAGGGCUGAAUCGAAGAUGGCCGAUGCGGAAGAGCUGUCCGACAGGGAGAAGGUGCAAGUUGCCACCAAUUUCAUUACGCAUGCACCACCAGGGGAGUUCAAUGAAGUUUUUAAUGAUGUACGUGUUCUAAUGAAUAAUGACAGUCUUCUCAAGGAAGCAACUGUAAAUGCCUUUGCCCAGUAUAAUAUGGACCAGUUCACUCCUGUGAAAAUAGAAGGCCAUGAGGAUCAGGUCCUGAUUACAGAGCAUGGUGAUCUGGGUAAUGGAAGAUUUGCUGACCCAAAGAAUCAAGUCUCCUUUAAGUUUGAUCAUGUGAGGAAAGAAAGCAGUGAUAUCCAGCCCAUGGCAGGCGAGGCUGCGAUAGAACCAUGGCGGAGUGCCUGUGACAACGCAGUGCGAGCAUACAUGAAAAACCACUAUCCCUGCGGCAUCUGCACUAUAUAUGGUAAGACACUUAAUGGCCAGCAGACUAUUAUAGCUUGCAUUGAAAACCAUCAGUUUCAGCCAAAUAAUUUUUGGAAUGGACGUUGGAGAUCAGAGUGGAAGUUCACCGUUACUCCACCAUCAGCUCAGCUUACUGGAGUUCUGAAGAUUCAGGUUCAUUAUUAUGAAGAUGGUAACGUUCAAUUGAUGAGUCACAAGGACAUCCAAGAAUCCUUGCAAAUCACAAAUGAGGCCCAAACUGCAAAGGAACUUGUGAAAUUGAUUGAAGCGGCUGAGUGUGGUUACCAGACUGCAAUCUGUGAGAAUUACAAUGCCAUGUCUGAUACCACCUUCAAAGCCUUACGCAGGAGCUUGCCAGUAACCCGCACAAAAGUCGACUGGAACAAGAUCAUGAGCUACAGGAUUGGUCAAGAGAUGCAGAGUGCUUAAAGCAAACAUGUAAAAGAGGCUUAAUGUCAAUGUGCAGGAAAAAAAAGCGCAAGGUGUGGUCUCAUAAAAUUCGAGGAUUGACUCUCCAGUUAACCUCUUUCUCCUGCUCUGCCUCCACCCUCCUUUUCCCAAACUCUCAGAAACCUUGAUCAUGUUGUGCAAUGGAACUAGAAUGUUACAAGUUACAGUGCAAUGGCCACUUUGUAAGAUGUCAUCAGUUAAUGUGUGUGUCUUUUGGAAAGAAAAGGAAUUGGUCAGUUGGCUGAAUUAAUAGCCCAUUUGGAGGUUUGGUGAUGCAUUUCUGAAGCAUAAGGAUAUUUUGAUAUGUUGGGUCAAAUUCUGAUUGUUCUUUUUUGUCUCCCUUUGGGUUUGUAGUAAAUCUAAGUUUGAAAUGCAGUUGCUUUCUGGAAGUGUAGCUGGCAGAACAGGCUAAAGCUUGAAAACAUAUAGUAGUUAUGCUUAGCAGCUAAGUGAGUUAGAAUUCAUCUUGAGGUCAUAAAGCUUUUUGAAAGGGUAGCUGGUAAUUCUCAAAGCUUUGCAGCUUUAGAAUUUCAACUCAGACUUGCUCCUGACUCUCUUGUAUUUUCAUGUUCCCCUUUAUUUUCCCUUUUUGUGAGGCCACACCUGAUCCCAUCACCAACAAGGCAGGAUGGUGCUGUGUUCAAGCACCUUUCUUAAAAAAAAAUUCCAGAAAUCAGCCAAGGUGAAUCUGCUUAAAGGUACUGCUUGUCUGAAGAAAGCUUGAAGCAACAGCAUUCACUGUCAUUUCUCUCUUCUGCUCCACUCCCUCAUCUAAUGGCUUCAAACAAUUUCUGUCAUUUGUAUCUUUAAUCAUUACAUUAUGCAUUCUUCUAUCAGCUGAGGGUUUCAUUAUGUAACACAUUCUAGGUCAAACUUGUGAUUUUUCUGUAUUUUGGCCAACUGGAGUUGUAAACAGUAAGGAACUGUAAACAGCAAGGAACUGGAAAAUCAGACUGGAAAGUUGCUCUAUUGAGGGGGAUUAGAGAGGCAGAGGAGUGGAAACAUGGACAAUUCAACAUACUGAUCUUCCUCUCACACUUGUUUUACCUCAUUUUUUGAUAUACAAUAACUUAAACCAAUGCUGAAAAUGCACCAGCAGAGAGGGAUAGUAACUUGCUCUUUUAGACAGGAAUGGUUCAAAGGUGGUAACUGAAGGACCCAAACCCUGCUGAUCAGUUGAAGGAAGAAACAACAGGAUGAUAAUACAGUCAAAGUAUUGAGGCAGCCAACAUCUCAAUCAGCCCUUCAGACCACCUGCCUCAGUUAUAAGGUGCUGGUAGUGAAAUACAUGUGAUGAAGCAAGUUCUGCUGCCUUCCUGAAAGCUACUGUUCAGACACAGACACACACAGACACACACCAGUACAAUGUUGACUGGUACUAUAUCAGGAAGCAGAGAGUUUGAGUGUUCAUCCUCUGUCUAGGACUGGCUGGUGCAAAGUUAAGUUCUUUGGGUCUUCCAUCCAUUGACCACUUGCUGUUGCCUUUUAUCAUCAGUAAAUGGAUACCUGGAUGGAAAGGAGAGGUAAAUACAGAACCGCAACAUAAGGAAGAUCGCUGCAAAUUAAAUUGCGGUUAUUAGGUGUUCAUUUUUUUUUACUGUAUUAACUUGCACAGGAACAAAUGUAAAGCAAAGUCAAUGGAACAUGUGGCAGGCUAGUAUUAUCCACACCAAUAUUUUUACAGAAUUCUAUGCUGUUAAGAUUUUUUUAAAAAAAGAAAAAAAUGUUAUAUAACUCCCUUUCUCUUAAUCUCCAAAAAGGCUUUGCUUUUUAUCUUAAAAUAGAUUGUUUUGUACUGUAUUUUGCUUUUAUUAAAUUUAAAAUGCAAUUUUUAGUCGUACACUGCCAGUGGAAUUUCAAAAUUGACAGAGGCUACUUAGUACUCCAAGUGGUAUGGCAGACAUCAGAUAAAACGGUGGUGAGCUUGAAGAUUAAUAGAUCUCCAAAGUGAAACUGUAAUCAGCAAGAUUCUCUGCUUGACGGGUAACUGUGCAGUCGCAAAAAAAAGUGGAGCAAUUUUUUUAAUUGAUUUUGAAUCUAGUAAAAUUACUUACAUUCGUCA